AUGGCCGAAGAAGAGAAGAAGAGAUUUCUCGAAGAGACCGAGAUGGAACUUGGCGAGAAGCAGGGCAAAGGGUUCAGUAGCCCUCCGCCACCGGCCAUACCACGACACUCUCAUCCCUCGCACAACUGGCAGAACAACCCAAUUUUGCCUGUCAUCUGCUACUGUGGUUCUUCCAUCUUGAUGACUGUCGCGAAUAAAUAUAUCCUGUCGUUCCCGGAUUAUAACCUCAACUUCUUGCUGCUGGCUGUCCAGUCGACCGUUUGCGUACUGGCCAUUUCUACCUGCAAGUCAUUGGGCCUUAUCAGCUAUCGCGACUUCAAAGCGGACGAGGCGAAGAAAUGGUUUCCCAUCUCUCUUCUCCUAAUCGCCAUGAUCUAUACCGGCACCAAAGCGCUGCGCUACCUCUCCAUCCCAGUGUACACAAUCUUCAAGAACCUGACUAUUAUUCUUAUUGCAUACGGGGAGGUGUUGUGGUUUGGAGGAUACAUCUCGUCCAUGACCCUCUUUUCCUUUGGCCUGAUGGUGCUGAGCUCGGUGGUUGCGGCUUGGGCUGAUAUCAAGCACGCUCUGGAGAGCCACUCUUCAUCAAACUCCGCCGCAGCCACGCAACAGCUGGCCACUUUGAAUGCAGGUUAUCUUUGGAUGUUGGUCAACUGUCUGUCCAAUGCUGCGUAUGUGUUGUGCAUGCGCAAGCGCAUCAAGCUCACCAACUUCAAGGAUUUCGACACAACGUUCUACAACAACUUACUCACCAUUCCCGUUCUGCUGCUUGCCUCUUUUCUAGCCGAGGACUGGUCAUCCGCCAAUUUGACCAAGAACUUCCCACCAAACUCAAGGAAUGGGAUCUUUGCUGCAAUGAUUUUCACCGGCGCGUCAUCCAUUUUCAUUUCGUACACAUCGGCAUGGUGCGUGCGAGCGACAUCCUCGACGACCUAUUCCAUGGUUGGCGCACUGAACAAACUUCCGCUCGCCAUCUCCGGCCUCAUCUUCUUCGAUGCGCCCGUCACGAUUCCUAGUGUUAGCGCCAUCUUCCUCGGCUUUGUGAGUGGUAUUGUCUAUGCACUAGCGAAGCUCAGGGGGUCGCAAAAGCCCAAGACUGGAAUUCUCCCAACGUCCAAUACCAUGAGCGCGAGCAGUCAGAGCACCAGAGACAGCCUAAAGGCAUGA